ACUACAAGCCCCAUCGGGCAGCGCUCCACGGCUGGCGCAAUCCCCACGGCCAGCUGCUGCGAGGGCCGGCCGGCUGGGCGGCUCCCGACUCGGAGUCCGGCAGGCGUGGGGGAGACCAAUGGGCUUUCCCAGAGCCGGCUUCGUUGCAAAGGCAGCCGAGGCCGGCCGCUCAUUGGAGAGCUCGGUGGGGCGCUGCCUCUGCCCUCCCCUCCCCUCCUUUUUCUCUUUUUUGCAAGCGGAGGGGCCGUUCCGACGCGCGUUCACUCGCUCGCUUUUUUUGCAAACGGGCGAUCUCCUCUGCUUCUCGCAGGGCGCUGGUGCGGGCGCCAUGCACCGCUUGUCGGGGCUGAGCAGGGAAGCCGUCGCCGUCGCCCCGCUUCGCCUCCCCGAGCGCCGAGCCGAGGCCGUGCGCUUCCUGGCCCGGUUGGCCACCGGCAAAGAGCCGCGCGGCGUCGCCCAGCCGCCGAUGGGGACGGAGCGGGCUGCCCGGCCGGGGCUGGCCGGCUGGAGCAGCGCCGCCGCCGAAGCCCCCGCGCUACACCUGAAGGAGAAGGCGCCUCGCGAGAAGAUCCUCACGUUGGAAUCCAUGAACCCGCAGGUCAAGGCGGUGGAGUACGCCGUGCGGGGGCCCAUCGUCCUGAAAGCGGGCGAGAUCGAGAAAGAACUGCGGAAGGGCAUCAAAAAACCUUUCACAGAAGUCAUCAAGGCCAACAUUGGUGAUGCUCACGCCAUGGGACAGCAGCCCAUCACCUUCCUUCGACAGGUGGUGGCGCUUUGUACUUACCCCAACCUGCUGGACAGCCCCAGUUUCCCAGAAGAUUCCAAGAAGAGGGCAAGACGGAUCUUGCAAGGCUGUGGAGGCAACAGCUUAGGUUCGUACAGCGCCAGCCAAGGAAUCAAUUGCAUUCGUGAAGAUGUCGCGGCAUACAUUGAGCGGCGAGAUGGUGGCGUCCCUGCAGAUCCAGAGAACAUCUAUUUGACCACAGGAGCAAGCGAUGGCAUUGCUACCAUUCUCAAGAUCCUCGUCUCGGGAGGUGGGAGAUCCCGAACUGGAGUGAUGAUCCCAAUUCCUCAAUAUCCUUUAUAUUCAGCUGCCAUUUCCGAAUUGGAUGCCAUCCAGGUGAACUAUUACCUGGACGAAGAGAACUGCUGGGCCCUAGAUGCGAACGAAUUACGCCGCUCCUUAUAUGAAGCCAAAGCGUAUUGUAACCCCAAGGUUCUUUGCAUCAUUAAUCCUGGAAACCCCACAGGUCAAGUUCAAAAUCGAAAAUGUAUUGAAGAGGUCAUACAUUUUGCCUGGGAAGAGAAACUGUUUCUUCUGGCUGACGAGGUUUAUCAAGACAACGUCUACGCGGAGAACUGCCAGUUCCACUCCUUCAAAAAAAUCCUUUAUGAAAUGGGACCCGAUUAUUGGAACAAUGUUGAACUUGCUUCUUUUCAUUCCACUUCCAAGGGCUACAUGGGCGAGUGUGGCUACCGAGGAGGCUACAUGGAGGUGAUAAACCUGCAUCCAGAAAUUAAAGGGCAGCUAGUUAAGCUCCUCUCUGUUCGUUUGUGUCCACCUGUCUCCGGUCAAGCUGCUAUGGAUGUUGUCGUGAACCCCCCUGUUCCUGGAGAAGAAUCAUAUGCCCAGUUUAUUAAGGAAAAGGAGUCAGUUUUGAACAACCUUGCAAUGAAAGCCAAACUAACCGAAGACUUGUUCAAUCAAGUGCCAGGGCUCCACUGCAACCCACUUCAAGGAGCCAUGUAUGCGUUCCCACAAAUUUAUAUCCCUGCCAAGGCUGUUGAAAUAGCCAAGGUCCACCAAAUGGCUCCCGACAUGUUCUACUGUAUGAAACUUUUAGAAGAAACCGGAAUCUGUGUUGUUCCUGGAAGCGGGUUUGGCCAAAGAGAAGGAACUUAUCAUUUUAGGAUGACGAUUCUCCCACAAGUAGAGAAACUAAAGAUCUUAUUGGAGAAAGUGAAAGAUUUCCAUAUAAAAUUUCUGGAGGAAUACUCUUAAAAUAAAGACUCCUUGUUUUUUUUUAAGACUGUAUCUUUGAAAGUGCAUUCAAGCUGCGACAGAAAAAUAAGAUUUUUCAGAGGUGGCGGUCUUUUUUAAAUCAAAUUCAUGAUAGAAUUACAAUGACUAGAGCUUCAGUUUGAUAGAAAAGACUAGUAAAAUACGAACCUACAAAAAUAAGAUACGGGAAAUGCAUUAAAAGAAUUAUUAACGCAGUCAUUGGUUGCAAAUUGAGAUGUCACAAAAAUUGCCUCAGUCCCUCAGUAUGAAAGUAAAACUUGAUUGCCUUGGUGCCGAUAAACAUUCUUUAUGCUUUUCUUUAAAAAAAAAAAAGAUAUCACAAUAUCCUUUCCUACCAAACCAAUUUAGGAAACUACAGUUGUACAGGUAAGCUAAAAGCACAGAUGAAAUUAUUUGGAACUCUUCUGGUGAACCUAUCUAAGGGAGAUGAAGUGAAGAAAUCUUUUGCAAAUAAAAGUAUUAAAAUGUCUUUGUUUCCAGAUCAAAGAAGAGGCUCAAGAUUCAGUGCCUUUUGAAUUUCUGGCAAAACUGCCUCAACAUGCAAAAUACAACAUUUAUCUCCUUUGAUAAGAAGAUAGGUCACUUCAUCUGUUUACAAGCAUGACUGAAAAAUAAGUAAAAGGAAGAGAGCUAGAAAGAGACUUGGAGGAUUAUAACAAUACUUAAACUCCUAUUUAAUUUUAGCCAGCUGUUUCCAAGCUAGAAAUAUUGAGUUUAAGCUUCCUUUGGCCAGGAUGAGUGCUGGUUCUUAAUAAAUUGGGAAGCGGGGAGCAACUUGGUUGCAGAAAUCUGAGUAGGAACAUUUUGGAAAAUAAAUGUCUGGUUACUCUGGAUAAAGUGUCCAAACAAAAGGAGACCUUAUUGGGAUGUUGGAUUAUAUCUUUGCAUAGUAAACAAAAAUUGAUGAUAACAGAGAAACAUUUGCUCAUAAAAACUUCUGGUUUUCUUGAUCACUGUUCUUCGUGAAAAGGUCUCUGAUUGCCCUUGCAUAAUCUUAAAGGGGCCAACAUAGACAAGACUGAACAAUAAGAAAGGGUCCAAUUUGAUGUUGCCUCCCUGAAUAUUCAGAUUCCUUCAGGACUAUGAUUUGAAUUUAAAUUGUUAUUAAACUAGGACUUGGUUGGAAACUUAGUCUGCUUCAAACUGUGUUUCUGCUUGUCAAAUUUCAACUGUUCAGAAGCUAUUCACUCAAAUUUCUUAAUUGAGUAAAUGUUGUUUGAUGUUGGAAGGCCGAUCUAUGUACAUGAAAACAUAAAUAACGGAACAGGAUAGCAAAAGAAAUGUUUCUCACAUGUCUAAAUAGGAUGUCACUUGCUUAUUUUGACCCAUGGCGUCAAGCCUCUAAUAACAAGAUUCCACCAUACAGUAGAAGGAAAAAAUCAUAUGGAGUUUCAUUAAUCGGGCUGAAUUCCAGGAGAAGAAAAAUUCUUUUUUCCAGAUUGUUUCACCAAAGGGCUAAUGGCUCUUUGCCAGAUAAGACUGAAAUAUCCAUUAGUUGUGUUUUGAAAUCCCUCUUCUCAACCUUUAAAACUUCUCUUAUACUUGGAUAUCAUAAAAUAAGGUUUAGAAUUGCUUCCCACCUAAUGCUCUUCAGAUACAAUGGGAAUUAUGGAUUCAAUGCAUCUGAAGAUCUCUUAUAUUGCAUUUUGUCAUGUUGGUCGAGUUGUUACAAAUUAUAUCAAAAAUGUACCAUCAGUACUCAAAAGGUUUCUUAAUUAUCAAGAUUAUAUGUCAUUUUGAGUAGCUGAGCCAGUUUCCCGAAGUUUCAUACCAAAUAUCUCUUCUGUUGGAAAUUACUUGACCGCACUGUUUUCUUAAUGAUAUGCUUGGUUGGGUGCAAGUUUCAUACUAUAAAUUACAAUUGGCUGCCUUUUAAAUCAUAUUUGGUAUUUUGUUGACGACAUCAAUUUGUAGGAGGGUGAUAGCAAUUCUCAAAGCCGUGGCAAUUUCCUCCCAAAUCUUUAAGUUGCCAUGUACUACAUGAAUGUAGUCAACCAAUGCAAGAGAAUGUUAACGCUUCAUCCAGAGCAGUUGCAAUUAAAAAUAUUUUUGUAAGUAAACAUUUUCAGAUGGCAUGGAUGGGAAGUGAGCAUUUGUAGUCCUUUGUUUUUCUCUUGUGGUAACUUUUUAAUGCUACUGAAAAUGGUGUCAAGUUUACAUGUUUCUAACUCAUGCUUUUACAGAGAGACUUUGAAAUUUUACUUCUUUGCACUUUUUAAAAGUGGGAGGUAGUGCUACUUUUGAUUUACUCUCAACUCUAAAAUACCAACUUCUAGCUUUCCUUGUGACUCAGAAACGGUAUUUUAUGGUGCCUUUGGAUUUCUGAUAUUUUGGAGUUUAUAACAUCUCUGAGCAUGGUGCAUAAUAUAAUCAUUGUUAAGGCUGAUUUGUCACAUUGGUCAUUACUGCAAGGAAAUUAACAUGCCACUUAAUUGUCCUUGGCUAGUGAUUGUCAUUUUCUCAGAUCUGCUUCCAAGCCUUGAUAGAUAUGAUCCUCGGAUGGUUUCAAAAUAAUUAAACUGUAGGAGCCAUUUCAUUUUUUUUUUUUUAUGUCAAGAAUUGAUUACCAAGGCAAGCUAACAUUAUGAUGUUUGGUCAUGGGUUUGUUUUUCCUGCCUUCUGGUGUUCUUCAUCCUGUUCUUGGAUGACUUUUUAAAUUUUUACUAAUAAAAGAGCUAUUAUGAA